GAAAACUACGGCGUCCUUCUUCCUUAAAACCCGCAGGUCACUCCCAUCCCGCCCCCGCGUCUCCUCCUCUCCUUUCGGUCUUUCAGUCUGAGCUGCGGCAUUUCGGCUUGUGUGUGUGUCGCAGGCAGGACUCAUGGCCUCGCCGCUGCGAUUCGACGGGCGGGUGGUACUGGUCACCGGCGCGGGGGGAGGACUGGGCCGAGCCUAUGCCCUGGCGUUUGCAGAAAGAGGUGCAUCAGUUGUUGUGAAUGACCUAGGUGGGGACUUCAGGGGAGUUGGUAAAGGUUCCUCUGCUGCUGAUAAGGUUGUUGAAGAAAUAAGAAGUAAAGGUGGAAAAGCCGUGGCCAACUAUGAUUCAGUAGAAGCAGGAGAGAAGGUUGUGAAGACAGCACUGGACGCUUUUGGAAGAAUAGAUGUUGUGGUCAACAAUGCUGGAAUUCUGAGGGAUGGUUCUUUUGCUAGAAUAAGUGAUGAAGACUGGGAUAUAAUCCAUAGAGUCCAUUUACGAGGCUCAUUCCAAGUGACCCGGGCAGCUUGGGAUCAUAUGAAGAAACAGAAGUUUGGGAGGAUUAUUAUGACUUCAUCAGCUUCAGGAAUAUACGGCAACUUUGGCCAGGCCAAUUAUAGUGCUGCGAAGCUGGGUCUUCUGGGCCUUUCAAACACUAUUGCACUUGAAGGCAAGAAAAGCAACAUUCACUGUAACACUAUUGCCCCUACAGCUGGAUCCCGGAUGACCCAGACAGUUAUGCCUGAAGAUCUCCUGGAAACUUUGAAGCCUGAUUACGUGGCGCCCUUGGUCCUUUGGCUUUGCCAUGAGAGCUGUGAGGAAAACGGUGGCUUGUUUGAGGUUGGAGGAGGAUGGAUUGGAAAAUUACGCUGGGAGCGGUCCCUUGGAGCCAUCGUAAGACAGAAGAAUCAACCCAUGACCCCUGAGGGGGUGAAGGCUAAUUGGAAGAAGAUUUGUGACUUUGAGAACGCCACCAAGCCCCAGAGAAUUCAAGAAUCAGUUGGCAGUAUAAUUGGAGUUAUAAGUAAAAUCGAUUCAGAUGGAGGAGUUUCGACAAAUCACGCAGCAUCGACAGCACCAUCAGGAUUUGCUGGAGCCAUUGGCUAUAAAUUCCCUCCAUUUUCUUCUGCUUACACGGAGCUGGAAACUAUUAUGUAUGCCCUUGGCGUGGGAGCAUCGGUGAAGGAGCCAAAAGAUAUGAAAUUUAUAUACGAAGGAAGCUCUGACUUCUCCUGUUUGCCUACAUUUGGAGUUAUCGUAGCUCAGAAACCUUUAGUAGGUGGAGGGUUAGGAGAGGUUCCUGAGCUUCUGGUCAGCUUGGAAAAGGUUCUCCAUGGGGAGCAGUACUUGGAGUUAUAUAAACCACUUCCCAGAUCAGGAAACUUAAAAUGUGAAGCUGUUAUUGCCGAUGUCCUAGAUAAAGGAUCUGGUUUAGUAAUUCUUCUGGAUGUCUAUUCUUAUUUUGAGAAGGAACUUAUAUGUUACAAUCAGUUCUCUCUCUUCCUCGUUGGCUGUGGAGGCAUUGGUGGAAAACGGACGUCAGACAAAGUCAAGGAAGUUGUAGCCGUGCCUAAUAGACCUCCCGAUGCUGUACUUACAGAUGUCACCUCACUUAAUCAGGCUGCUUUGUACCGCCUCAGUGGCGACUGGAAUCCCUUACACAUUGAUCCUAACUUCUCUAGUUUCGCUGGUUUUGACAAGCCCAUAUUACAUGGAUUAUGUACAUUUGGAUUUUCUGCCAGGCAUGUAUUACAGAAGUUUGCAGAUAAUGAUGCGUCAAGAUUCAAGGCAAUUAAGGUUCGUUUUUCAAAACCAGUAUAUCCAGGACAGACUAUAAAAACUGAGAUGUGGAAAGAAGGAAAUAGAAUUCAUUUCCAAACCAAGAUUCAUGAAACCGGAGACAUCGUCAUUUCAAAUGCAUAUGUGGAUCUUGUGCCAGCAUCUGGUAUUUCAGCUAAGACAUCCUCUGCGCGUGAGGAGCUUCAGAGUACCCUGGUGUUUGAGGAAAUAGGUCGCCGCCUUAGGGAUAUCGGGCGUGAGGUGGUGAAGAAAGUGGAUGCUGUAUUUGAGUGGCACAUCACUAAAGAUGGAAACACUGCAGCCAAGUGGACUAUUGACUUAAAAAAUGGUUCUGGAAAAGUCUAUCAAGGCCCUGCAGUAGGCUCUGCGGAUACGACCUUCACACUUUCAGACGAAGAUUUCAUGGAGGUAGUCCUGGGCAAGCUUGACCCUCAGAAGGCAUUCUUUAGUGGCAGACUGAAGGCCAGAGGGAACAUCUUGCUGAGCCAGAAGCUUCAGAUGAUUCUUAAAGACUAUGCCAAGCUGUGAAGGACACACCACCUUAUUAAUAAGAAUAGAGAAAUUAAGUACUCUCCUCACCCAGAUAUGCAAAAGUGAUCACAGCCAAGAUACAGAGGACUCUGCUUAACAUUUUCAGACUUUAGAUAACUUUUCAGAUUUUAAUUUUUUACUAACUUUUCACGUUAUAAUUAUUUUUUACAAUGAACUAUAAGCUAGCAUGUAAUUAUCUUUCUGUUCUUAGAGCUAUAUCUUCAUAAUAAAAAAUUUUCUCCCAAUUCUUUAGAACUGUGAUAGCAUUUAUAAGUGGAAAGGAACAUUAAAUGAGGAAAGCCA